AUGGCGACCGCGACCGCAGAGGCCGACUCCGAAGAGUCCUCUGCUCAUCCUCAUGCUCCUCCUCAACCUCAACAACCGCAGGCUCAUCCGGCACAGUCCCAGAACCCCGGCCCAAAACCUCCUACCUUUUAUGGUUAUCUGUUCGGCCCAGACAAGGCGCCAACGCCGAUAUUCGAUGCUCUCCUUCGCGCCAUCGCCCUACACAUUAUUCGCGACGUUGGCGAUAGACAUGUUCAAGCCUUGACCCCUCAAAAGCUGGCCGCCUUCUACAAGGCCGUCGGUGGUGACUAUGACUCCCUAUUCGUCGAUAUGCCGUAUCCCGCCAUAUCCUACAUUUGGCAGGUUACCGGGUGCCAGCACUCCAUGCAGCCCUCCGAAAACGAUUUCGACGCCCCUUCCGUCCCGGCCUUGACCCUUCGUGGCUUCGUUCGGUGGGAGUCGAUUGAGAUACUGCUGAGCCCGGAAGAGCAUGUACCGUUCAUUCAGCAGGCCGUCAAGAGUUGGAACUUGAAGCAUCCUGAGACGGGCGAAUCUUUCCCCCCCGAUCUACCUGCAGAUGCUCUCCCCAGCGAACCAGACGCCGGAAUCGAGAAAUGGCACAAAAAAUGCGCUGAGAAAUUGAGGAAGGCCGCAGUGCCAGAGGAGGAGCCGGCAUCACCAAAGACUGCUCCUAGUCGCCCAGCAGAAAGAGACGAGCCGAGAGUGAAGGCAGCAUACGUGCACGUCCGGAAUCCCUAUCCUCCCAAGGGAUCACCGAAACCCUCGCCUCCGCCUCGUGGUUCCCAGGCAGACUACUUUGUUCCGCCAACCCGGCCAGUUGCUUAUAGUCAUGUUCCUGGGGGUCACGCCGCGAAUCGAUACCCCCCAUCUCGCCUCAAUAUCCCUCAGAGGACCCCGGAGCAAGAUCGAUUCAGAGGACAAAAUUCUCCCGGCGACCGUCGGCGGCGUAGCUUCUCUGACUACCCAUCCCCUCCCCAGGAUCCCCUGCACGCCAACUCCGAGCAUAUACAUCCCAGUCGGCCGCCCAUGCAACCCCGCCGGCACAGCCAACCUCGACACUAUUCUUCGUCCUCGACGUCUGAUUCCGACGACCCGGCGAGUCCGCGAUCUAAACGUCGGCCUCACACACAUCAUUCGAAUGAACCGCCGCCGCCUGGUUUCCGACGUAUGGGUGCUCCCUCAGUACCCCAGCCGCCACCAGUAACUCGUGUACAUCGUGCGGAACUAAGACCAGAAGAUGCACGACGUCGCAGUAUACCAGUCGUAGAUGGCAUCAGGGAGAAAAUCAGCGAGAAAGUGGCGUCUAUUCUUCCCACUGGUCGAUCACCAGAAAGACAUCGAAGUACCUCCGGUCGCCGAAGCGAUCCCCCAUCUCGCCGCAGCCGAGAGCACCUGCCUUCUUCCAGGCUCAACCGCAGUUGGCCUGAUAUUGCGUCGGAAGACUCCGAAGCUUCGGACUCGGAAGCAGAGCGCCGACGUCGAUUGAAAGCCCGAGACCGUAGAGAUAUGGAAGAACGAGAGCAGCGGGAGAGGGAAAGGGCCAGAGAGAGAGAUCGCGGUCGAGACCGCGACCGUAGACGCGAAAGAGAAAGAGAGAGGGACCGUGACAGAGACCCAGAACGUGAGCGUGAGCGUGAUCGCGUCGUGAACUGGGAGAGAGAAGAGGAUAUCGAGGCUCGCAAGCGAAGAGAACGACCGGUCGUGCGCCCCGAAGCGACACGCCGAACGAGUAGUCAUGCAGACGUGGACCGCAUGCGAGGACGGCCAGAGCCCCCAUGGGACCCUCGGGAUCCUCGCGAUCGGGACUUGAGAGAUGAUAGAGAUAGAAAGCGUUGGAGAGAACGCGGGGGGAGCCCGGUCAUAUCUGGCGUUGGGGGGCGACAAUACCCAGCUCCGCCGAUUCGGAACUAA